AUGGCAGCACAUCUCGUGGUUGCCGUGGUCAUCUUCCGAGUCAUCUUACCUAUACUGCUCGCAAUAUGUGUGUCGAUGAGGUUCAGUGUGACCUCGUUGUUUUAUCUCGUCCUGUUGCUGGUGAACCCUUUGUUGAAGACGCCUUCUGUCGUCUCCAUGAAAGGACACACAGGCUGGUACAUGAAGGCUCUAGCGCUGGUGGGCAUCUUCAACUUCCUAAUGACGCUCAUCUUCCAAAUCGUGCUGCUCUCCAUCCCGCCCUACGCCUUCUUCCUCCAGCCUUGCUCGGCGAACGAGACGAUCCUGCGACACAUCGGGCUGGUGCGGCUGGACGGCAUCACGGAGGAGGACGGGACGCGGUGGCUGCUGCCGGAGUGCCUGCUGCUGGUGCUGGGACCUGCGAGCUUCAUCGUCAUCACUAAGCUGGUCGCCGCCCAUGAGGCACUCAGACCUGAUGUCUUUACCACCAGCAGCCCUCCUGCCCCUGCUGUACUAUUACCUUACAGACACGUCCUUCUCAAGCUCAUGAACUCCGUAGGCACCCCGGUGAGCGUGAUGCUCAUAGGUCUGGCAGGGGUGCUACAGCCGUCCCUCACGUCCGCCGUAUACUUCGCUGUCUUCAUGGUCAUGGCCACCUACUGGAGCCUCAACAACUCCGUCGGGGGCAGACGCUUCGGGUUGGUGUGUCGUGGCCUGGCGAUGUUGUCAGGCGUGCACAUCGUGCUCCUGUAUCUCUACCAGGCGCAGUGGAUCCAAGAGAACAUACCCAAGACCUCCGCUACACCCAGGGCGUUCGGGAUGCAGGCGCUCUAUGAGACGCGCUGUGACGGCGACCCUCGCGCUGCGUACGUACCGCGCCCGCAGUGGAACAGGUUUCUCAACCCCGUGGUGCUGGUGCUGCUGUAUUACCUCAUGCAUUACCAGUCCCGCUUCCUGCUCUCUAGUAAGGCGGCGUUAUUACAACGUCAGGCUAGCGCCGCUCAACCCUCGACCGUCCGUGCCCUCAUCCGACGUCACACGGUCAUGCGACGUUCAACUAAACGCAGCAGCACCAAAUCCCGUCGCCGUAACCCGUCUACCAGCACCAGUGGUCCACCAACGGGCUCUCUGUUCCCGUCAAAGACGUCGCCUUUUUCCUUCGGCCCGCAAUACCAACGCAAAGGGUCGGCAAUCUCUGCGAUCUCGGCGCCAAUCCACAAAAAUCCUCCUAAUUCAGGGAUUGCGCAAAGAAGACAAUCCGCUUUCCCAGGGUUCGGAAUGCUGAACCAAUACCGUGGUCACCUGCAACACCUGCCUCAGCAACCGAAGUACAGUACCAUCUACCGAGUACCACCCUACCACAACCCGUUCUCAACCUUACCGCCACCCAAGAGACGGCGUUCCGCCUCCACCAACAUCAGACAACAUCUUCUUCCGCCCCUAGACCGACCACCUGCUCCUGUGCCUCCCGAGUCUGACCUCCCGCUUAACGAGAUCGGCGUGCUGUUGAAUGGCGGCAGUCUGCUCAGCAGCGUUGUAAGCGGCAGCGGCGGCCUCGGAACACCGCGCGGCAUCGAGGGUGCCGGCACACUGGCCCUCACCGGCCACCUGGACCCGGCACCUGACACGGCCCUGCUAGAGGCGCGACCUCACUCCGACCUCAACGGCUCUAUUGCCUGGUCUCCUACUCCUUCCCUCCAGCGUGAGGCGCUGUCCAUCGUCAUCUAUGCUGAGCUGCUGCUGGUGCUGCAGUACAUCUACAGCAUGGACCUGACGGACGAGGAGCUGCCGUCACGCGUGGACACCGUCAACCUCGGCCAGAUCGGCCUGCUGAAGGCCACCAAACUGCCUGCUAACCCCCUCAUAGUCAAGGUAAAAUGAGACCNCUACACCAGCAUGUUCUGGCUGACGCUGCGUCAGUACGUCCAGGAGGUCGUGGCCGUCAGUCCGCCAGCGUCAGUUGAGGGCGCCGCCGUGCUGCCCUUUGCGUUGGCCGUGUCCACCACGUCCUCUGGUCAGCCUGUGUCCUCCCUAGCCACCGCGCGGGCGUCUGAGGAGCAAGAGGCGACGGGGUUGUCACGUUUCGGCAAGUCGGUGCGCACGUUCCUCAUCAAGUUCUGGAUCUGGCUGGUGGCCAUCAACCUCUUCGGCUUCGGCAUCCAGGGCUCCCAGGUGGUCAUCUUCAGGAUCAUGUACAUGGUGCUCUUCCUGAUCUUCACCAUCGUCUUCCAGGUCUCGUACAGCGCCUGGCGGCGAUUCCUCUACGGCUUCUGGUUGACGGUGAUCAUCUACCAGAUGUUGGUGCUGGUGCUCACUUACACGUACCAGUUCGACCACUUCCCUGAGUACUGGCAGAACUACACCGGAAUACCAGUACAGCUUCAAAACGAUAUUGGUCUCGAGGUCUACGACACCGGGCGCCUCUUCAUCAAGCUCAUGACGCCGACCUUCUUCGUCAUCGUGACGAUCAUUCAAGUGCAUUACUUCCACAAGGACUUCCUCGAGCUCUCCGAUAUUGAAGAGAAGGUGCACGACCUAAGCAAAGUGCCCGAAAAGAAAGUGCGGCCCCCGCCCCCCAAGCCCACGGCUGCGUGCCCGAAGCUCUUUGACUCUUGCACCCUCGAAGACCUAAGAGCUCUGGUGUGGUACGUGUGGCAGCACUCAGGCUGGCACUUGCAGCGGGUGCUGUCAGAGGCCAGUGAGCUCGGCUGGCGCUUCUUCGAGAUCCACAUCAUGAAAAUCGUCCUGGGCUCCGUUAUGCUCCUCGCUUGUUAUGAUGUGUGUGCAUUUCACUUGGUCUUCGUUGUGAUGGUGACGAUUGCCGUGCCAUGCAACGAGCGCGUGCAGACGUUGCUGUGCAGAGCGUGCGUGUCCAUCACGGCGCUCCUGCUCAUCGUGCGCAUGAUCUACCAGAUCCAGUACAUCAACGCGCACGGCAUCGCUGCCAACUGCUCCGUGAGUUUGACCUACAACCCAUGGCCGUCGAACAAGACCGCCAACACCGCCGUGUGGCUCGGCCUGCACAAAGUCAGCUCGCUCUCCAACUACCUCAAGGGCUACAUAGGCUACAUAGUUGUGUUGCUUCGUUCUCAACGUAUCACGGUGCAGGCUGUGGUGGGCAUCAGGCAGCAGUAUGUGCGGCAGUUGACGGGCACGCCGCCACCGCCGCCUGGCGUGCUGUUCAACAACGUCACGAGGGACAUGGCUGACCACGACCUGCCUCACUGCAUCAAAUUCUUUUUCAACUAUGGCUUCCAUAAAUUCGGUGUUGAGAUUUGCCUGAUGAGUCUGGUAGGCGUUAUAGGCACGCGUCUGGACGUCUACUCGCUGAUCUACGCGGGGUGGCUUGUCUACUUCUACAACAGGGAGCGCAAGGACAUGGCCAGAGUGUGGCAAUACUUCGUCAUCUCCAUCGCCGUCAUGAUACCCAUCCAGUACCUCAUGUCCAUCGGCAUGCCACCUACUUACUGUAGAGACUACCCCUGGGCGUGGAUCAUGAACAAGGAGCUGCGCGAGUGGCUGUUCUUCCCUGACUUCAUAAAGCCGCCCGAGUCUUACAAGAUCGUCACUGACUUCUGCCUGCUGGUGUUCGCGGUGAGCCAGCAGCGCGUGUUCGAGAUCGAGUUCGAGGACGACGCGCACCUCUACGACGGUGGCACCAACAAGGAGAUCGUGCACCUCGACCCCGCCAAGCUCUACAACCCAAUACCUGACUUCGUCACAGACACCAAGACGGUGCUGGACGUGCUGAAGGUGAUCGUGUUCUUCUCAUCGUACUGGCUGACGCUGGCUGUGAUGUUCCUGGCCGGCACUAACCGCAUCACACUCUUCGCCAUGGGCUACGUGCUGGGGGCCUUCAUUUUCUGCUUGUAAUGAUGCUAGAUUGUGUGGGAUAAUUCCUGCAUCAUUCGAAAAGAGGACCCACCUUCUCGUCUAUGGAACUACCUGCUGGGGUACAACGUGAUCGUGAUUGUGAUCAAGACGUUCCUACAGCUGCUGGGCUGCGUCUUCCUCGACGCACUCGCUUACAACGCCUGCUGGUUUGUGCAGCUCUUCGGCAUCGCCUGCGUUAAGAAGUUCUGGGACAAAUCCGAUGACGAGAUAGCUGCUAAGUUGUCGGACCAGUGCGCUAUACCGAAGAGUGAGGCAGGCUUGAUGUGGGACGGACUGUGCUUCGGUUUCCUGCUGAUGCAGCGACGCCUCUACUCCUCCUUCUACUUCCAGCAUCUCGUUAAUGAGAUGAGGGCACAGACUGCCCUCGCCUCCAGAGGAGCGGUGUUGAUAGCGGAGCUGAUGCAGCAGGAGAUAGCGGAGCAGCAGGCAGCGGAGCAGGCCGUCAUCGCUAAGAUCAAGGAGAAGAUGGAGAGGAUCAAGGCAUCGGCGCAGAAGAAAGAGGAAGGUCAGGAUCCGCAGAGCCAUUAUGAAGGGAACACUUCCGAGCAAUUCUCGAACGCCAGCAGCCCUCUACCUACGGAGCUGACAUCCCCUCGACCUCGUACGGCGGGAGUUUCCCCUCGUGGGGGUCAUUACCUCAGCGCAACCCCCGCAGCACCUACGCCAUCCUCGGCCAACAUGACCUUAUCUCUGGACGGUUACAUGGAACCCACUCGGCCAUCCCUCACUACCCCACACCUUCCCCACAUGCAACCCAUCACGUCCCCCUCUGACGACUCAUUCCCCGUGUUCUCCCCACCCCCGUAUCCUGGGGGACCGAGGGAGCGGACGUUCACCUCGGGGCGAGUUAGCAUUCCGCACGAGAUCGGUCCCCCGUGGCUCCGGGACGGGGGUUCGGGACUGCGGAGGCGAUAUUCGGCACCGUCCAUCUCGCCCUCCAUGUCCCACCACGCCUUGCGGCAGUUUGCGGAGGCGCCACAUAAAGCGUGUGAUCGUCUGAGUUGGCCUCAUCGGAAUGCAAAUCUGAAAAUGAUGCCCACAAUUGGAAUUAAUUCGUCAAGACGGUCAUCUGAUUCGUCGGAGACAUCCACCAGCUACCUACGGAAGCUCUCCGCCAGCGAGUCUGACGACCAGGAUACGAGCAGCGUCACUGCUCAGGUGCUGCGGACCGACGCGCCGCUCAAAGUUUACCGUAAACGCAGAAGAGAAGACAAAACUGAGGCCGAGGGUCAAAGUUCUAUGGAGACGUCAACGACUUCUUGGCAUUGGGAAUGUCCCGGUCCAAACAAAACUGUGGGUCCAACUCCCAGUUUACAGUUGAGCGACCGGUCUAUAACGUUAGAGAGCUUUGGUGUAGGUUUUGUAAAUAAUUUAGACGGUAGUGAGGUCAUCUACAUUGAUGAAUCUCCUCCAGUCUCAGCGAGAGAGUAUUCAAAAGAACGGUUUAAGAAGAGUUCUUUGAAAGUUCCGUUCCGCCAAGCUGGACUUCCAUUGUCUCCUCGUUGGAGGCACCUACACCCCAAUUAUUGUUAUUCUAUCACUCGUAAUGUCAGCUCCCGAACUCUCCCUUUCUCGAGGAAGCCUUCCCCGAAAUCAGUCAACCGGCUCAGUAAUCCUCUUCCCAUGACCGUGAACGUCUCCGAGGACUGCAACACUCAGACGGUCGCGUCUCCGAGAAUUUCGGGAAAAAUUGCAGUUGGCAGUCAUUUUUCGAAUGUGGCGUAUUCUAGAGACGAGUUUAGCAGACGUGAAGCUGCAGCAGAACCUUCAAACCAGAGAGAUGCUGCAAGAGUCAGAGAGCGGAAACUCAGAAGAAGAAUGUCGUCAAAAGGCGCGAUCAGGUCAGGAGACUACCACAUGUUCGAGACGUACGAUGAUGAUGAUCUGCUCGGCCGCAUCCACAAACCCAAGCCCGAGAGGCGCGACUCUGAGGACACCACGCCUGGCUUCACCGUAUCAGAGCUACUGAGUUCGGCCCUCAAGACGGACAUCGAGCACGCGGUGGAGGAGGCCAGACUCGCCAGGCUCUCAGAGUUCGACGCCUUCAGCAGAUCUUCAUCACUGUUCCGGCGGCCGGUGCGCCGGACCUUAUCAGGACGCUCGCAGUACUCCCAGGCUUCGCGCACGUCACGCGCCACGUCGCGCAGUGCGCGUCUGCGCGCGCGCACUCGAUCCUCGCCUCCCGCCUGCAAGCCGCCCCUGCCUGAAGCUGCUGACACCGCUGACAGCGUGAGGUCCAAGGACUACAGAUACGUCGCGGCGCGCCUCUCCAAGGAGAAGGGGCUCCUUAAGGCGACGGCAGACUUCAGGACACGUGUCCCCAGCACGCGCACCACCAGCGUCUGCACGGACUGGCGCGACCUCAGCGACGCAUCGCACACCAAGUCUCUAUUCCUUAUCUUUAUUAUUAAUGAUUAUUAUGAUCAGUAUUAUCGGCUGGCGCCGCUGCUGCGCCGGCUGCUGCACUACCUCAACUUCGCUUACGAGUUCGUAGAGUCAGCGAUGAUCUCGGUGACGUUGCGCCUGAACGGCUUCUCCAAGGACUACAGAUACGUCGCGGCGCGCCUCUCCAAGGAGAAGAGGCUCCUUAAGGUGACUGACGCGAGCGUGUCCAGCGGUAAGAGCGGCGCGGCCAAAAGCCAGCAAAGUAACGGCCAACUGCCGGGGUCGCGGGCCCUCGUACUAAAAAUAGAAUAUUUUAAAACUCUGCUCUCUGAUGGCGCCUUUAGGCCGUGUGUUGAUUUUGUGGCGCUGCCAAGUGACGAAGAGAAGACCAUCCCGCAGCCCGACCACCCGCCCCCGCUUCGUUUCUUCAUCGCUGUCUGGUACGCAAUACUGUCACGCUCGGAGCUCGUUUGCUACAUCAUGAUCUUCGUGAACCAAAUCAAGUCGGCGAGCAUCUUGUCGCUGCCGCUGCCUUUCCUUGUCUUCUUGUGGGGGUCCCUCAGCGUACCGAGGCCUUCCAAGAGCUUCUGGAUCGUCGUCAUCGCCUAUACUGAAAUGAUCGUGAUGGUGAAGUACCUCUUCCAGUUCGACUUCUUCCCUUGGAACCAAGAGGAGCGCCUCAAUCAGCCCUUCUGGCCACCCCGCAUCAUGGGCGUCGAGAAGAAGGAGCGCUACGCCAUCUACGACCUCGCCCUCUUGCUUGUCAUCUUCUUCCACAGGUUUAUGCUGAAGAGCCUUGGUCUCUGGAAGAGCAGCAACAGCAGCCCCAGCACCAGCAGCUCUUCCAGCAGCAUCGACACCCAUCAAGCUCUCCUACCUGAGAACCACUUCGAUGAGAGGCUUGAGGAAAGGUUUAAUGAAGAUUCAUCCUCAUCGUCAGAUCGUUCUUCUCCGUCACUCGUCCCUGCUUCAUCCAAGAAACACGACGAUAACGAUUCAUCGUCCAGUGAGGAGAGUUCCAUUGUCUCGCAGGUGCACGACGGAUCUAGACGAUCAAGGUCCAAAAAGAGUUCUUCUCAUAGUAGAGAUGACAGUUCCAUCGUCUCAACCGUACGAGGUUCCAUUUUGUCUCAGCGGAUGGACAGCUCAGAGACCUUGAAAGAGUGCACGCCUUUAUCCUACCCGCGUGACACUUCGAUGCUUUUGGAAACGGCCGAGCUUUUUCAUUCAUGGGAAGAAAGUCCGAGCGACACUUCUGAUGACGAAAAGACCUCCAUACCAUGCGACCAGAUUCCUGCGGCACCAAGGUAUCCGCCGGUACCACGAGAACGAAAGAUGCUGGCUAAUUUCUCGUCGUCAUCCAUACAGAACACUUCAAGUGGUUCCGUGCCUCUUCCCUUCAACGGGUGGCAGUCGAGCUGCGACACGACUGCACAUGAGCGACCUCUGUCAAAACUCUCGCAGUAUCAGUCUAUUGGAGAAGACACGGUACCGGAAGAAAACUCAAUGAGGUCCCAUAAGACAUCGUCCCAUCACAGCGUCGUCGUGGGACCCACAUCUCGUCAGUCGUCCUUGGUGUUGAACCCACACCAUCGCCGUCAGCUCUCGGGAGGAUCAAAAGUUUCUUUCCACGAAGGCGUCAUCGAGUGUGGGUCCGUGAUGGGGACGUCUGCUCUUGGAUCGCAGUUGUGCUCCCACAUUGGGUCUGAGCGGAGAUCUCUGGGGGGAGGAUCAGAAGAUCAGCCGUCCGAGAGCCUCCAUGUGACGUGCGCGCGCUGCAACAUGGAGGCUUUCAGGAACAUCCGUAAGCCUGACAUCGAGGAGGUCAAAGAAAACCUCAGGAAAGUUCCACCUCUCGCCAGGAAAGGGAUGGACAAAGGACGCAGGACCUUGAAGCAGUUCGUGGACGACCUGUUGCACCCUCAGUACCAGGUCACAGUUAACGUCUACACUUACAUGUUCAUCUGCGACUUCUUCAACUUCUUUGUACUCAUCUUUGGAUUCUCGGCAUUUGGAACCCAACAGGGCGACGGGGGUGUGAGUGCCUACCUCGAAGAGAAUAAAGUGCCCAUCCCGUUCCUGGUGAUGCUUAUCCUGCAGUUCGGUCUCAUCAUCAUCGACAGAGCUUUGUUCCUUAGGAAAUUUAUUGUGGGCAAGCUCAUCUUCCAGGUGGCGCUGACAUUCGGCAUCCACAUUUGGAUGUUCUUCAUCUUGCCUGCCGUCACCGAGAGAGAGUUCAAUGCUAAACGACCUCCCCAAAUCUGGUACAUGGUGAAGUGCCUCAACCUGCUCCUCUCUGCCUACCAAAUCCGGUCCGGUUACCCGACUCGCAUCCUUGGCAAUUAUUUCUGUAAAGGCUAUAACUACGUCAACGACUUCUCCUUUAAAGCGUUCAUGUACAUCCCGUUCCUGUAUGAGCUGCGCACACUCAUGGACUGGAUCUGGACGGAUACGAGCAUGAACUUGAGCGACUGGAUCAAGAUGGAGGACAUCUUCGUUCGAAUUUUCAAACUCAAAUGCGAGCGCCGUGCUGAGGAAGAGUAUCCCCAAGCCAGGGGCGAGGGGAAGAGGAAGUUCAUCAAGUACGGCAUGGGCGGCUGUGCCCUCUUCGGGGUCAUUGCCCUCAUAUGGUUCCCUCUGGUGCUGUUCGCCCUCAGCAGCACCGUUGGUCUGCCCAACCCGCCGCUGGAAGUCAACCUGCAGAUCCAAGUGGGCGCCUACCAGCCCGUCUUCUCCAUGAGCGCACAGCAGAACUCCCUCUUCACGUUCACGCAGCGGCAAUGGGACGACUUCAACUAUCACUUCCGACGUGACCGCACGGCCCAGACGUUCCUCAGCAACUACGACCACAGCGACGUGGUCGUGGCCGAGCUCAGCGGCAACUCGAACGCCGUGUGGGGCAUCUCGCCCCCCGCCCAGCGUCGACUGGUGGAUGAUCUUCUCUCGAACUCGACCAUCAAGACCGAGAUCAUCUGGACCAUCAGCCGUCACUCCAACAGCCCCGACGUCAAGCCUGAGUCUAAAUCUGUUAAAGUCGUCGACUUGCCUGCCAUCAUCGGAGGCGAGAGGAACCCCGUGAGGGACAGGUUUGCUGCCAUCCUCGGGGGCAACCUCACGCUCAACCCCGUGACUCUGCCAGACCUCUUCCCCAAGUUUCUGAAGGUGACCAACAAAGGACAAGCCAACUACGUCAAUGAACUCGAGAGUAAAAAGAAAGGCUUCGUGGAUUUGAACUUCACCCUUGUCGCGGGCGGAUACUCGGACCUGCAGUCGAAGGAGGAGUGGUUUGAAGUGGAGGAGGAUUGCUCCAAGCAGUACUUCACUUGGCUGCCUCGGGAUAAGGACUGCCAGUUCCUCACCAUGUACACCUUCAAUGACAAGUCCUUUCCGGAGGGCCUUUCUUUCAUAUCGGGCGGCGGCAUUGUUGGGAUGUACACGACGAUCGUGCUGCUGGUCAGCAAGAUACUACGUGGUCAUUUCGAGAACGUCUCGGCAACCAUAAUGUUCGACGAUAUGCCUAAUGUUGACCGCCUGCUACAGCUUUGCCUGGACAUCUACCUGGUGCGUGAGAGCAACGAGCUUGAGUUGGAAGAAGACCUCUUCGCGAAGCUGAUUUUCCUCUUCAGAUCACCAGAAACUCUCAUCAAAUGGACGCGCCCUGUGGAGGAAGAUGGUCAGGAUGACGAAGAAAAGGGUACAAACGGAGGCAAUAGUCUUCAGUAAAUACUUUAAUAACACGUAAUUUGUCGUUUGUUGUA